AUUAUCAACGCGCGCGGGGAGUCAGUAGGGCCGGGAAGGUGGCCGUGCGGGCGCUCGGCUGCCUGCGGCCGACUCGGUUCUCUCAGGCGCCGUCGCUGCGGUGACUCCAGGACGUGGAAGGAGUAAGAUUUCACCAUUGUAAGCUUCAGACUUUUUCCAUGAGCAUCAUACUUUCAUGGUGUGUGUGAAGAUAACCCAGAGCGUUGAGGAAGUUGCCGAGGAGAGUGUGCUGGAGAUGCUCUAGGAAAAGCUGAGCGCCGAGAGCUCCACUGCAGAGAGUUGUGACUUACCAAGAAGAAAGUGAGCGCCAUGGAUCAGAACAACAGCCUGCCACCGUACGCUCAGGGCCUGGCCUCCCCUCAGGGCGCCAUGACUCCUGGAAUCCCUAUCUUUAGUCCAAUGAUGCCUUAUGGCACGGGACUGACUCCUCAGCCUAUUCAGAACACCAACAGUCUGUCCAUUUUGGAGGAGCAGCAAAGACAGCAGCAGCAGCAGCAGCAACAACAGCAGCAGCAGCAGCAGCAGCAGACAGUGACGGCGGUUCAGCAGGCAACAGCCCAGCAGGCGACACAGGGGCCGUCGGGCCAGACGCCACAGCUCUUCCACUCACAGACUCUUACCACUGCCCCCUUGCCAGGCACCACUCCCCUGUACCCCUCUCCCAUGACCCCCAUGACCCCUAUCACCCCUGCCACACCAGCCUCGGAGAGCUCUGGGAUCGUGCCACAGCUGCAAAAUAUUGUAUCCACGGUGAACCUUGGUUGUAAACUUGACCUAAAGACCAUUGCGCUUCGAGCCCGAAAUGCUGAAUAUAACCCCAAGCGGUUUGCUGCUGUGAUCAUGAGAAUCAGGGAGCCGCGCACCACGGCGCUCAUCUUCAGCUCGGGGAAGAUGGUGUGCACCGGCGCCAAGAGUGAGGAACAGUCUAGACUAGCAGCAAGAAAAUAUGCCAGAGUUGUACAGAAGUUGGGUUUCCCAGCCAAGUUCUUGGACUUCAAGAUCCAGAACAUGGUGGGAAGCUGUGACGUGAAGUUCCCGAUAAGGCUGGAAGGCCUCGUGCUCACCCACCAGCAGUUCAGCAGUUAUGAACCCGAGUUAUUUCCUGGUUUAAUCUAUCGAAUGAUCAAACCCAGAAUUGUUCUCCUUAUUUUUGUUUCUGGAAAAGUUGUAUUAACAGGUGCUAAAGUCAGAGCAGAAAUCUACGAAGCAUUUGAGAACAUCUACCCCAUUCUAAAAGGCUUCCGGAAGACGACGUAGUGGCGGUCUGAUGCUGGCCUCCCACCUGCUUGGUUUUUAAAACAAAUCCGUUUGGUACCUUCAAGUGGCAGAGUUUCAGGGCCGCGUGUGGCCAGCGGCCUCGGGCAGUGUCCCGUGCAGUGGGAGCUGAGGGCGCGGCCCGGAGCCUGGUUGCUCCAAGUUGCUCGCGCUGUGCUGCUACUUGGGUGGCGCUGCCCGUUUAUUUAUAUGUAGGUUUUAAAUACUCUGCUGUUGACAAGUUGGUUUAAGGGGCAAAGCUUUUAAGUGUUAAAGCCACUUCUACAAUUGAUUGUACUUUUUAUUUUGUUUAAUUUCUGCCCCAUAAACCAGUUUUUAUAUUUCUACCAGAAAAGUAAAAAUCUUUUUUAAAAGUGUUGUUUUUCUAAUUUGUAAUCCUAGGGGUCAUUUUUGUGCCAGACACAUUCCGCCUGUUCAGUGUUGCAGGACAGAGUAGAUGUCAGCGGGAUGGACGUAUGUACAGUUUUUUUCAGAGCGCUCUGUACAAUAAAUGCUAUUCAUAAAAGUGUCAGAUUCAUGUGCUAAAUGAGGCCUUGUCAGGUUCACGUGAUCCUCCCGCUAGCCCUGACUUUUACAUAGAAACUGUGUUGGUCGGCGCUGGUAUCAGUCCUUUCUUUUCCUUCUGAGAAAACGGGUGAGAUGUGAACGGCUCAGGUCCACUCACACGGCAGGCCCGCCGCAUCCCGAAUACUGAGACGCCUCCUGUUUCCCAGGCCAUCGCCUGCUUUGCACAGCCCACAGGUGGGUUGGUGCUUCCACAGAUGGGCACUGACACCCAACCAUGACCAGAGCAGGCGCUCAUCCUGACGGAGCAGCGUUUUCCUCAGGAGUUAUCAGCUGCAGGUUGACACUGGGACAUUUUCUGUAUGGUGGUUUAGUCUGUCUGCAAGUGGGCAGGCCCAGCGAGCCUCGCGUGGUGGGGCCACACAUCUGAGGACAGCUUGGCUGGCAACUCCCAACACGCCCACAAGUGUUGUCCGGUGAGAUCUCCAAGUAGACCCUCCUGAGUUUGCUUAAAAAGUGCUCAGCAGUCAGGACACUGCUCUACACUGUAAAGCUUCCUAGAACACACCUGACUGUAAAAAAUUAUUCAUAGUCUGAGACAGGGAAGGCCCCACUCCUCCAGUUUUCCAGAAGCCAUGGCGUCUUACCACGACUCCCACCCUCUCUUGUCUCAACUUUUAAUGUAGCCACCGAGAUUCUUACUGAGCCCCCCAGCUUCAAGACUGCGCUUUACCUCAAGAGCGUCGGCCUAACAAAUGCUGUUUCCCCAAUGAAGACUAUUUUAUGUGCAUAUCUCUUUGAGUGUACACAUGGGACACACUCACCUGGUGGACUAACAGGCCCCGAUUUUGACCGAAAAAGUGAAACAGCCAGUGGCAGCACCACACAGGCAGCAUAUGCGAAUUAGCAGGGAUACGAGGCUGAACCAACGACGUCUAAGAGAAGCAGCACGAGAAAGUUUUAAGAAGUGCUUUUAGGCACU